AUGUCGACAUUUUUUUUAGCGACAGUCAAUGUUCACUCUUUUCGUACUCGAAAUUUUGAUAGUAAUAUUUCUGAUUUAGUAUUGAUUCUUGAACCACUUAAGCUCGAUUUAAUUGCUGUUCAAGAAAUACAAAAUGAUGAUAAAUGGCAAAAAUUUUGUAAACGUCUUUCUUUACCUUAUUUUAUUUAUGGAUCAUGCAAUGAAGAUCCUUUUGGCAAUGGUAUUGCAUCUCGUUAUCCAAUCAUAUCUUAUUCAAAUAAAGCAUCAAGUUUGUCAUGUUCAGGAGGUACAAGAUCUUUACUUCAAUGUCGUUUAGAUGGUGGUCACCGAUUUCUUACUGAUAGAAUAUUUGCUGUAACACAUUUAGAUCAUUUAAAUGAAGAUGAUCGAUUAAAUCAAAUAAAAGAAUUUAAUCCAUAUCAACAAAACAUUGACAUCAUAAUGGGUGAUAUGAAUUCAUUAACAAGAGACGAUUAUUCAGAUAAUUAUUAUCAAGAUAAAAUUGUUGAAAUACGAAAAAAAUCCAUAUGGGAAGAACCACGUUUUGAUUUAACAAAUUUAAUAAGACAUGAAUGGAAUUAUGACGAUGCUUUCAGAUUAAUAAAUCCAACAUUGAAAAAUGAAGAAGUAUCAACAUGUUAUUAUGGAACACGUAUUGAUUAUAUAUAUUUACGUCCUAGGAAAAAUGAUCCAUGGAUUUUAACCAAAUGUUCAAUUAUCGAUACUAAAGGAGCUACUGAUCAUAAUGCUGUUUUCGCUGAAUUUAAACAAAAAGCAUGUUAG